UAGUACAGAGUACAGGUAAUGAUUCUCCAUUUGACAGGAUGUAGUACAGAGUACAGGUGAUGAUUCUCCAUUUGACAGGAUGUAGUACAGAGUACAGGUGAUGAUUCUCCAUUUGACAGGAUGUAGUACAGAGUACAGGUAAUGAUUCUCCAUUUGACAGGAUGUAGUACAGAGUACAUGUGAUGAUUCUCCAUUUGACAGGAUGUAGUACAGAGUACAUGUGAUGAUUCUCCAUUUGACAGGAUGUAGUACAGAGUACAUGUGAUGAUUCUCCAUUUGACAGGAUGUAGUACAGAGUACAGGUGAUGAUUCUCCAUUUGACAGGAUGUAGUACAGAGUACAUGUGAUGAUUCUCCAUUUGACAGGAUGUAGUACAGAGUACAGGUAAUGAUUCUCCAUUUGACAGGAUGUAGUACAGAGUACAGGUGAUGAUUCUCCAUUUGACAGGAUGUAGUACAGAGUACAGAUUUGAGGUCAACAACUUCUGCAACAUGGGUGGUGGAUAUCUCUUAAUUGAUGAUGUGACGUUCACUGAGAAGAAGACAAACAGAAUCUCUGUCUUGAUGUUGAUUCUCUGUCUUCACUUUGGACUGGUGAAACAGAACACGAUUUUCCCACUGGACAUGGCACCUGAUUCCGUUGAUGACAAAUACGAUGGCUGCAGAGACGAAGCCUUCAAGAGGGUGGAUGACUACUACCUCCCACAUGAGAAAAACACCACCACUAACUUCAGAAGAGCCUGGGACAUAGCAGAGAAACAUGCAUCCAUUCCAACAGAUGGUCUGCAGAAAGUGCAUUCCGUCUCUAUGUAUUUGUACACAAAUAACAAACCCCAACCUCCUUCUGAAUCCAUCUACAUAGACUUCAACAAAGCAGUUCGACAAGGCAGGUAUGGUUAUGGAACAUCAUUCCAGUACCAUUCCCUGCACUUCUAUCUGACUGACGCCAUGCAGAUUCUCAAACAAAGUCAAACAACAUGUUGGACCACCUACCGUAGAACCAAUGUGUAUUUUGAUCAGGAUGUUGUCAACAAAGAAAUGCGCUUUGGUUAUUUUGCCUCAAGUUCUUUACAUAAGACUUUAUACGAUUUUGGAGACACAUCCUGCUUUGAGAUCAACACAUGUUUUGGUGUUAACUUGACAUAUUACUCUGCAUAUGCAAACGAGGGGGAAGUUUUGAUUCCUCCCUAUGAGGUAUUCAAAGUGACCAACAUCCAGACAAAGUCAGCAGUCAGCAACCUGUGGUGGCAAAGUCGUGUACACUCUGAAGAGCACUGGAAAUGGAAGAGUGACCUGAAUUGUAAAGCAAUAGGUAGAAGCUACUGCUACAUGAAGCUACUAACCUGUUCCCUUGUCACAAUAGUGUUCAUACAUUUACAACACUAAAAUAGUGAU